GCACAGAGCCCGAUGCGGGGCUCGAACCCACCAACCAUGAGAUCAUGACCUGAGCCAAAGUCAGAUGCUUAACCGACUGAGCCACCCAGGCGGCCCAUGACUUACUCUUUCAUAAUAUCCUAUACUGCUUUUUGGAGAAUUUAAUUGGUGCUCUUUUUUCCUGAUUAGCAUACCUAAUUGAAUCAAAUAUCUUUCUAGAUCCCUACGUCAAACUUCUACUUGAUGCCAUGAAGCACUCAGGUUGACAGGUCUGGCUCUCUUCAGACAUCUUCCGCCCUAACUCUAAAUCUCUGGCUCUACCGUUCACCUCCGGUAUUUAGUAAAGACCACACUUAAAGUCUUUGCUGUUAACAAAGAAAGACACUUUUCUUGCGAAGACUGUGAUGGAAAUGUCAGUGGAGGUUUUGAUGCUUCAACAUCUCAGGGUCCUGCUCAGUGUGCUGUUGGCUUUUUGCACUUCUUUCUGAAGGUCUUUCUGAGGAUUUUUCCUGGCAAUUCUAGUAGACUGAGACAGUGGUGGUCAUUCAUUGUUGAUUCAUUGCUCAUUCAGAAACUUGAUAAGAAGCAGUUUACAUAUAUUCUCAUUUAAUUCUCACAAUUCUCUGAGGUAGGUACUCUCAUGAUCUCCUUUUUAUAGUUGAGGAAACUGAGGCACAGAGAGAGGUUAAGAAACGUGCCCAAGGUCACCGAGUUAGUAAGGAGUGGGGCUGGAGUUUGAACCUGUCUGCUGCAUUCCAAAGCCCGCUCCUAAUAUGGUGCUGUGGAGUCCACCAGCUCACCGAGGAUGGCAUUUAAGUGCUGCUGUAGUUGAGAGAGAAGAGGGAGAAGUUGGUCACUGGGAAGGCUUAAUGGAACGGGUACAUUAGAGCCAGACCGUGAUCAGUAGAUUGUUUUAUGCCAGAACAACAUCGGUAGUCAGGCCCAUAUGAACAGAGUGGUCACCCAUGAGCUCAUUCAUGCGUUUGAUCACUGUCGUGCUCACGUCCACUGGUUCACCGAUGUCAGACAUUUGGCCUGCUCGGAGGUUCGAGCUGCUAACCUUAGUGGAGACUGCUCACUUGUGAAUGAAAUAUUCAGGUUGCAUUUUGGAUUAAAACAACACCAUCAGACUUGUGUGCGAGACAGAGCCAUUCUUUCUAUCCUGGCUGUUAGGAAUAUCAGCAAAGAAGUAGCUCAAAAGGCUGUUGAUGAAGUUUUUGAGUCUUGUUUCAAUGACCAUGAACCUUUUGGAAGGAUCCCACAUAACAAGACUUAUGCAAGAUAUGCUCAUAGAGACUUUCAAAACCGUGAUCGGUAUUACUCAAAUAUAUGAAGACAAUGACAUUUUAUGUUAUGGAGCUUCUGUGAUCAUGAAGAAAAUAUUGUUCUCAAGUGGACAAAUAUAUGAAAUGUAAAUGAUCAAUGAAAUACGUUUAAAACACAGAAGAUGCUGAUUCUAGCGUAUGUUCAGAAAAAGUGGCUGUGGUAAAAGUGAAACUGCCUUAACCUCCAAGGCAAAAACUGUAACUUUACAGUUAGCCAUUUGGUAAAUAAGGCAAAUAAAUUACGUUCUUGUAUUUUC